CUUUGGUAGACCCCAAUGGCAGACCAAUGCGCAACCAGGUGAACCAGAUGGUCUGGUCUAUCUGCCUGCCGCACCAUAUAAAAACAUAAACCUGGACAUAAUCUUUAAAGAGAGAAGGGUCGUAUAUACACAAUGGGCAAGAGAGGUUUAUUAGAGCGAUUAAACAAUGGUGAAGUAGUAGUUGGGGAUGGAGGUUUCGUUUUUGCAUUGGAGAGAAGAGGGUAUGUUAAGGCAGGUCCGUGGACCCCAGAAGCUGUUAUUGAAACACCUGAUGCAGUUCGUCAACUUCAUCGUGAAUUUUUAAGAGCAGGAUCAAAUGUGAUGCAGACCUUUACAUUUUAUGCAAGUGAAGAUAAAUUAGAAAACAGAGGCAACCUAGCAGCAAAAAAACAUGGUGUUGGUGCUAUUAACCGUGCUGCUUGUAAAUUAGCAAGAGAAGUGGCUGAUGAGGGUGAUGCCCUGGUAGCAGGUGGUGUGUGCCAGACACCAGCUUAUCUGAGUGGGAAGGGGAAAGAAGCUGUACAAGCACAGCUACGAAAACAAUUGGAAGUAUUUGUUAGUGAAAACGUCGAUUUUCUUAUUGCAGAGUACUAUGAACACAUCGAGGAAAUGGAAUGGGCUAUAGAAACUCUUAAAGAAUCUGGAAAACCUAUAUGUGCAAACAUGUGCAUUGGUCCAGAAGGUGACAUGCAUGGUAUUAGCGCUGGAGAAUGUGCUGUAAGAAUGGCAAAGGCUGGAGCUGAUGUUGUUGGAGUAAACUGUCAUUUUGGUCCUUUUGUUUCAUUAAAGUGCAUGGAAAUAAUGAAAAAUUCUUUGAACGAGGCUGGAUUAAAAGUUCAUUUGAUGUGUCAACCAUUGGGUUACUGCACCCCUGAUGCUAAAAAACAAGGAUUCAUUGAUUUAAAAGAGUUUCCCUUUGCUUUGGAACCACGUGUUUGCACUCGAUGGGACAUGCAUCGUUAUGCUAGAGAAGCCUAUAAGUUGGGUGUUCGUUUUAUUGGCGGGUGUUGUGGAUUUGAAUCAUAUCACAUUCGUGCAGUCUGUGAAGAGUUACACGAAGAAAGAGGCUUUUUACCAGAAGGUUCACAAAAGCAUGAUCUAUGGGGGAGAGGCUUGCUACAACAUACUAAGCCUUGGGUAAGAGCAAGAGCACGUAAGGAGUAUUGGCAAAACAUUAAGCCAGCUAGUGGUCGGCCAUAUUGUGCUGCAAUGUCUGAGCCAGACCAGUGGGGCGUAACUGCAGGUAAUGAGCUGUUGCAACAGAAAAAAGAAGCUACUACAGACGAAGAAUUAAAAAAGUUAAUUCGCUAAUAAAGAAUACGAACUUAAUGAAAAACAAUUUUCCACUCCAAUCCAUUGUAGAAUAUAAAUUUAUAAUUUUUUGUUAUUGUGUUGUAUAUAUAUAUAUCUGAAACAUAUUACGUUUACCAAG